GCGAGCCACAUUUGAAACCGAGUCAAACACGUUUGCAGCUCUCAUGUCCUUGGAUGACUUGGAUGCCUCGCCAAAGCCGCGGAGAAGGGGCAUAGCGCGGCGGCAUGCUGCGGCUGUUGGUUUGGUCAGCCUGUUAGGUGCAGGUUCUCCAGCUUUUGCUGCGCGCAGGGCCGGCUUGGACCCGGCUUGGGCGAAUCUCCGGGCUUGGUUGCAGGAUGGAGGCGCUAGAGGUUUGGAUGCCGUGGAGCUGGUGGAAUCAGAAGGUGGCGCUGGCCGCGGGCUGCUUGCACAACGGGACUUCUCCCAGUCGGAGUUGGUGGUCUCAAUUCCCCGCAGCUUGUGCCUAACAGCAGAGGCCAAGUCCCCGCAACGGCAGCAACGACCCGAAGAGAGGAUGGCGGCUGCCCUGCUGCGGGAGAAAUCUCUGGGACAGAAAUCCCAAUUUCGAGCCUACAUCGACUACUUGCUGAAGUAUCCCAGCUGGACACAUCCAGCUCUGCUGGAUGGUGGGUGGAGGCGCCACUUUGCCGCCAGCCCAGGGGCUCUGCGGAGGAUCCGUUUGGCGAGGAUGAGAGCUGCCGCUGCUGUGCUGCGAAUGAGCUCCUGGAGCGACCAGGAGGUGCGCUGGGCCUUGGCGGCUGUGGGUAGCCGUGCUUUUCCAGAUAGAUCUGGGCAGCUGAUGAUGUGUCCCUUGCUGGAUCUGUUGAACCAUCAAUCAGCACCUGGAGGUCCACCAUGCGGUUUCCUGCGCUUGGAGGGUGCUGUGGGGAUGGUGGCCGAGCGGGACAUUCAGGCCGAAGAAGAGCUUUGUCAUCUCUAUGCUUUGUCGCCCAGCUCCACCCUUCUUGCGAGCUAUGGCUUCGUCCCCCGCGGUGGCGCUGGGGGCUUUGAGGAGACCUUUGUAGAAGUCUCGGCUGCCUCCCUCAGCGAGCCUCACCUUGCAGCCCUGGCACGACGGCUGCGAGCCAGCCACAGGCGGCCAAAAAUUUUGCUCCGACUCUUUGGGAACUUGGGCAGUAGCCUCAUCCUGCCAGUGGCCAGAUGGUUGACGCUGCCUGAGCUUGACCGGGAAGCGGAGGUCUUUGAAAAGUGCCAGGAGUUGUCGGAUCCUGAGCUGGAGCUGAAAGCCUGUGCUCUGGCUGAAGGAUGGCUGAAGGAUCAGCAUCAAAAGGCCCUUGACGGCCUGGCCUCAUUGGAGGAGUCCGACGAAGUGCAACGGGCAGCUGCAGAACUCCUGAGAUCAGAGAAGAAGUUGAUGAAGACAGCUUUGGACUGGCUGGAAGAACGCUUGAAGAAAGAACCGCAGCGAAAUGGUGCUAAAAGGGCGAUCUCGGGAUGCAGGGACAUGUGGAAGGCAUAUGAAGGGGCUCCCAGCAAUGGCGCCACAGGAGACCAUGAAUUUCGGUCCAUGACUGCUGCGCCCAUGCUACUGGCAGCAUUUGGUGCCGCCAGGAGGAGCCACGCCCGAACGCGGCCUAGGGCGCCUGGUGCGCCCGGAACGGUGGCCUCAGUGGUCUCCCUGAGGGCGGCUGCCACUGAGCUGCUGGCCGAAGGCGUUGUGGACGCAGAAGAACGGGCCAAAAAGAUCAACUUCAAUAGGCUCGGGUGGUAUGACCAGCAGGAGCUUGAAGCUGUGUAUAUUGAAGCGGUGUGGUACUACUACUGUGCCUUGAAAGAGAUUCUGACUCCAGAAGAGUAUGACAAGUUGGCCGCGCAUCUGGACAAAAAGAAAUCUUCACUUCGAAAGCUGACCCAGGACGAAGUCAGGUUCAUUGAAGCCAGCAUUGCAUACUACAGAGGGAAGCCCAUCAUGUCGGACGACAACUACAAAGAGCUUCGAUCCAAGGUCUCCAGAUCCGGACGCCGGAAGGACAUGACUUCACUGAUCAUGGCGGAGCGCAGCAAGCGCUUCCUGAAUGAUGAGGAAAUGAAGAAGUUCGAAGAAGCCUUUUACAAUGCCAGGGAGUACGAUUUCAAGAACCUUGAUUCCUAUGUCUUGGCGGACUUGGAGGAGCUUUAUAUCGAUUCACUAUGGUGCUUCUACCGCGAGAAGCGUGCCCUCCUCAGCGAUGAGGAGUUCGAUACGUUGAAGAAAGUGCUGUACCAGAAGGGAUCUCGCUUUCCAACUUUGAAGAGGUUUGAAGUGGCCUUCGUGGAAGCUUCGAUUGCCUGGUACCGUGGUGAACCCUUGAUGUCAGAGGAAGAGUUUCAAGAGCUGAAGGCCAAGGUCAAGGCUUCUGGAAAGCGAAAAGAUGUUACGGCGUUUUUGCUGUAUGAGCGCGGCGGGCAGUUCCUGGAUCAGGAGCAGUAUGCUGCCAUGAAGGAGGAGUAUGACAGGCUGGGAAUCAGUGCUGUGAAUCUGGAACAGUGCACUGUGGCCCAGAUGGAAGAGAUGUAUGUCGAGGCACUUUGGGCCUACUACAACGAUGGCAAGCAACUGCUCAGCGAUGCCCAGUUCAAGACACUGAAAGAGGAGCUAACGUGGCAGGGAUCUGGCUUCCCUGCCUUGCGCCGAAAUGAGAUUGAGUUUGUGAAGGCGACCUUGGCGUAUCACAGGGGUGAGCCCUUGUACACGGAUGAGAAAUGGGAGGAACUGAAGGCUCAAAUCGAAUCCGAGGGAAUGCGUCCGGAAGUCACCGCUUUCCUGCUAUACAGCAAGGGACAGGAGGUGCUCGACGCGGAGACCUUUGACAAGAUGCAGCAGGAGAUGGCCAAGCUGGGUGUCACCGUGCAGAAAGCCGGAUCCAGCUUUUUGGAGCAGACCAUCAACGUCACCAGCGGCAAGUUGGAGAAUGACAUUCUGCAGGUUUUCUUCAUGAUCUCAGCCUUGGCUUCGGUGCCAACGGCCAUUGCCAUCAACUUGGUGUGGGCUAUCGGCCUGGCCUAUGACUGGAGUUUCGUUCCCCCCGGGGAUUGGGGCUCCAUUCUCUCUGUGGAAUUCAUCCCUCUCUUCGUCGUUGGAAUUGCAACAGGACUUCUCUGGACGAGCUGGAUUCUGGAAUUUCUGGACCUGCAAAAUCCCGAGAUCCUCGUUGGCAACUGCCCUUCUUGCAAUAAUCCUAUCAAAUUGUUUUCCGGUGGUGCAGCACCACAGAAGAAUGUGAACUACUCCUGCGAGAAUUGCGGUUGCAAGAUGGUCUUGGACACAGAAGAUCGGCAAAUCACCAUGGCUGGUGCAAGUGCGGAAGAAGUCCGGGACACGCAGUCUUUCGAUUGGAAGAAGGCUUGGGACGACGUGAAGGGCGCCGCACGGCGUGCACGACAGGCUGCUGCCCGCCGGUUUGCUUCCUGAGGUGGCGGUCACCAAUGGUCACAGCAUGCUCUUUCCGGUCGAACAGAAGUGUCGUCCCCUUUUUCUUUGCCGCCCAGAAAGGCUGGCCGCUUAAUGCCGCCAGACUUGUCUGGGAUUGGAAGGUUUCGAACAAUUUUCAUGCUUCGACAGCAAUCUAUUCAGAGAUUAUCGGAGAUGCAAAUUGAGCAAAAUGGCCGC